AAAUAAAGUUCCAAGUUCUUUUUUCUCUGUGUCUUUUUGUUUCCUCUCUCUCUUACAUGGGUUUUGGACCGUUAAUACCCUAAUCAAAUCUCUCUCCAAUUUUAUUUUUUAAAAAAAAUUUCCUUCUGCUUUAAAAUUUUCCAUCAAAUUCAAGACUUUCCUUAUAGUUGUCCCCGAUUCUUGAUCUGGGUAUUUCUCAGAUUUCAAAAAUGGGUAAAAAUCAAGCUUACAAAGCUAUGCAGAGAGCGAGGCUUGGCUCGAGCUCUGCUGGCCCUGAAGAGGUCGAAGAUGGCAUGGUGGAUGGUUCUUUUCAUACACCAGCUUGGCAUGCUGCUCGUUUGGCCAGUCUUAAUACUUCUCACACAGUCACAUGGGAAGAGUUCAAGAGGAAGCAAAAGGAAGAUGAAAUUAGAAAGGGGGAACUGGAAGCUGAUACAGAUAGAAUGAUGCGUGAGUACAGAGCUCAACUUGAUGCUGAAAGAGCCCGGAAACUUGCCCAUGGAAGGAACCAUUCCAGUAGCAAGUCUAAUCAUAAGAAAGAAAGGAGAAAGAUUCAAAGAAGCGUAGCAGCAGAAAGAGAAAGCAUUCAAGGCGCAGAUCUUCGGAUUCGAGCUCGUCAAGUUCAUCAUCAGAUUCUUCAAGUAGCGACGACGAGGAAAGGGAAUCAAGAAGAUCAAAGUCAAGAUCUAAGAGAACAAAGAAGGAAAAGAAGCACAGGUCAAGAUCCAAGCACUCUGGCAAUGACGAGGAAGAGGCGGAUGGCCCUGUGCCGCUCUCAAGAUUCUUCGGAAGUCUGAAGAGCUAAUGCCAUGUUUGCAGAUGGUGUUUGCAUACUUCAUACGAUUCUCUUCCUAGAGCAGAAAUGAAUUCAAGUGGACUUCCUCAUUCUCCGGCCGAGUGUUGCGAUUAGCAACUGCAAGCAAUUAUUUCCUUCCUUAUGAACUGCUGAGCUUGUAAUCAUAUUAGUUUACCUCCACAUUCUUCCUCCUUGAAAUUCAUUUCCUAUUAAUUUUUCUUUUUCUUUUUUUUUUUUCCUUGGGAAAAAUAGGCUGCCUUGCUGCAAGGCACAGGAUAGCACAAGACUAAGACACGCCAAACAGUAAACAUUUUAUCUUCUGGUGCAUGUAAUAGCAGAUAAACUGGUUGUCCUGCUUUGUAAUUUUCAGAUAGAAUUGGAUUUGUAAGAAAUGACAAUAAUAUAAUUACCUCAAUCUUACAUAUUAAAUUUUUGAGUCUUCUCAUUAA